AUGUCUGCCUUAGCUGCCAUCCAUGGAAAGAAGUAUCCUGCAAAGGAUCAUGCCAGAAGAGUAUUUCACCAUUACUCAAAGAAUCUAAACCACGAAUGUGCAUUCUUUAUUAGCGGCGAAAACUUGGAACUAUAUGAUUACUGUGACCAGACAAAGCCUUUGCGCCAGAACCGUUACUUCUAUUACUUGUCGGGCUGUGAUAUUCCUGGAAGUCAUGUAUUGUAUGUUCCCAAAACCGACCAAUUGACGCUUUUUCUCCCCGAUUUGGAUGAGGAGGAUGUGAUGUGGAGCGGACUUCCCCUCUCUCGGGAGGAUGCUCUCGCCAAAUUCGAUGUGGAUGACGUGCAAUUCGCUUCCGACUUGAAGGCUUCAAUCGAGGAAGUUUCCAAGAAAGUCGAGGUGAUUGAGACCACAGACAUCAACAAAUGGAACGAGGACGUGAGGCUGUUGAUCCGUGAAAACAAUCCGGUGUUUUUCGAGGCUUUGGACGAAUGUAGAAUGAUCAAGGACGACUACGAGAUCGCUUUGAUGAAGCAUGCCGCUCAUAUCACCGACAACUGCCAUUUGGCCGUCAUGCGCGCCGUCCCCAUCGAACACAACGAAACUCAUAUUCAUGCUGAGUUCAUGUACCAUGCGCUCAGACAGCACUCCAAGCAACAACUGUACGAUCCAAUCUGCUGCGCAGGCCCAAACUGUUCCACAUUGCACUACGUAAAGAAUGACGAUGAAAUUGAUCCUACAAGACGGUCUAUUCUCAUUGAUGCUGGCGCGGAAUGGAGCUGUUACGCCUCAGACGUGACCAGAUGCUUCCCCAUCAAUGGAGACUGGACUAAAGAGCACUUGGAGAUCUACAACAUCGUCUUGAAAAUGCAGCAAGUGACCAUGUCCAUGAUUCGGCCCGGUGCAAGCUGGGAUGAGAUCCAUUUAGAAGCACAUCGGGUGUUGAUCCGGGAGUUCAUAAAGCUAGGUAUUUUCAAAGAGUUUUCCGAAAAAGAGCUUUUCGAACUGAAUAUCUCUGCCGGCUUCUUUCCUCAUGGCCUUGGCCAUCUUUUGGGAAUGGAUACACAUGACGUGGGUGGAAGGCCCAACUACGAGGACCCAGACCCCAAGUUGAGAUACUUGCGGUUGAGAAGAGAUUUGCAAGAAGGCAUGGUGUUGACUGAUGAGCCCGGUGUCUAUUUUUCUCCAUUCUUGUUGAAGGACAUUUUGAAGAAUCCAGCAACAUCCAAGUACAUUGACACUGACGUUCUUGAUAGGUACUAUUAUGUGGGAGGUGUCAGAAUUGAGGACGAUUUGCUCAUCACUACAGAUGGAUUCGAGAAUUUCACGAAGAUUACGUCUGAUCCUAAGGAAAUCUCGAGGAUAGUGAACGAGGCCCUGAAGAAGGAUGCCAGUGAUUUCCACAAUGUUGUGUGA